AUGAGUAAUGAAAUUCGUGAAAAAAUCUCAUCUAUGUUAAAUAGCAACAAGUACGCAUUGAUGGCCGACGAAUGUCGAGACAUCAGGGGUACACAACAAUUAUCAAUAGUUAUUCGAUUUGUUCCUAACUCAAAUAAUUGUACAACUGAUAAAAAUUAUGUCGUAAAAGAGUAUUUCCUAGGGUUUAUACCACUGGAAAAAUUCGAUGCUACAACGUUAGCAAAUAAUAUUGUUGAGUUUUUAAAUCAUUGGAAAAUUCCUUUGGAAUCAUGUAUUUGCUUGUGUUUUGAUGGAGCAUCAGUUAUGUCCGGUUGUGCGGCUGGUGUUCAUGUCUUGUUGAAGAAAUAUAUGCCUAAAGGCAUAUAUAUUCAUUGUGCUGCCCAUCGACUCAACUUAGUUAUUAGUGAUACAUGUAAAGUUGUAUGUUAUGUGUCAGACUACUUCUCGAUAGUUUCACAUAUUUAUUCGUUUUUUACUGAAUCUGCUGUAACUAACAUUUAUUUCAAUAAAGCUCAAACUGAUUUAGGUCUAGGUGAAUAUUCUUUUAGCAUUCUAUCGAAGUGUUCGCCUGUAGUUUUUUAUUUCAUAGUACAAUCCUCGACUCUCAAGCUUUGGGCGAUUACCAGAUGGGACUCGCGGUGGACAGCAAUUAAUGCUGUUAUAAAUAAUUUUCCUGCAAUUCUUAAAGCACUUCGUGAUCUAAGUGAAGACGGAAGUGGUACACGAUCCACAAAUGCAGGAGGACUGUUAAUGCAUGUUCAAAAAUCAAUUUUUAUCGUUACGUCAUUCAUUCUUCAUAAAUUCUUCGGUAUAAUAAAAGUUUUAAGUGAUCAUUUAAAAAGCUCUUCAUUGGAUUAUGUGCGGGGUGAGUGUCUUAUUACAUCGGUUAUUGGACAGUUAAAGGAUCUUCGAAAUGAUCAAUCAUUUAACGAGAUUUAUGAAAAAGUAAAAGAAUUUUGCAGUUCAAAUGAAAUUGAUUUUGUACAACAGUAUCAAUCAUAUCGUGUAGCAGCAGUACCUAUUAGAUUUCAAGAAUUUAUCAUCGACUCAACAAUUUGA